CUCUCAUGGGAGGAACUCGGCACAACAACAGAAGGUCAAAACAAUGUGGACUUUUAACCAAACAGAAACCACUCGGAAUAAAUUAGUUUGUGAUGCUACACAACAACACAAGUAGUCUGCGUGCGUCUGUUACAACAGAGACGCGUGGCAAAACAGCUCAGUAAAGCAAGAUGUCUUCUCCCGUGAAACUGGAAAGAAACGUGAAUCCGCAGGUGAAUAAAAAAGUCGAGGAGGCAAUGGCAAUGGAGUACUUCUUCACGGAGUUGAAUGCGACCGCUACGUGCCUCAUCUGCAGGCAAAACGUGUUGUUUAAGGAGUUCAAUAUGAAGCGGCAUUACAUAGACAAACACGCCCGGGAGUAUGAUGCAUACAAGGGAAGGAGGAGGAAAACCAUGUCCGAUGAGCUUCAUGCAGACUUCAAUCGCUCCGUGGGGAUUUCAGCAGGCCCCAUCUGUGGAAAAGAAUCUGAACCAGCCAUGCCAAGUCUAAAGCUGAUCUCUGCGACCGACACACAGUAUUCAGCAUCUGUGCUGAAGUCAAUGAACGAGCAGCGAAACCAUGGAUUAUUUUGUGACGUCACCAUCAUCAUACAGGACAAAAAGUUCAGAGCUCACAAAACAAUCCUGUCUGCCUCAAGUACAUAUUUCCACCAGCUCUUCAGUGUAGCUGGACAAGUGAUCGAGUUAAACUUCAUCAAAGCGGACAUUUUUGAGGAGAUUCUCAAUUACAUUUACAGCUCCAAGCUUAUCCGUGUCCGCUCCGACACGCUUGAGGAGCUCAUCAAUGCUGGACAGAUACUGGGAGUCAAAUUCAUUGCAAACUUGGGGUCACCUUUAUCACAAGUUAAGGGCCUGCCUGGUUUGUCUAAGGAGACUGACACCCCCCCAGAGAUGAUGCCCAUCAUCACAGAGUCUUUCUCAAUAUCUUCAGAGGAAUUCAAUCAGACAAGCAAGCCUGCGGGUAACGACGAGGACUCGGACAGUGAUGUUAUGUUUGUCUCACAAACAGAUGCUCAAACCAGAGCAGCCAAUGAGAAAGUGAACUCUGGCGGUGUCAUUGAUUUAGAUGAUUCAGGACAUGCAGCAUCAAAGCGAAAUGAAAAAUCAAAUCAUGCAGUUGUAAAACAAAAAGAGAAAGUCAAAGCCCCCAUUAAAACAUCCGCUGCAAAGCCUCUUACCGUCAGUUGUCCAACACCCAGUUUUCCUAACAGCAGCCCCCUGCGUAGUCCAGACAGCAGCUCCAAUAGCUCGUCCUCCCCUGCCAGAGUUUUCUCAGGAAGCACUCCCGCAACGCCAGCCAGGACAAACUGCACCCCCGAGCCCUCGAGUGCCUCUCAGUCCUCUGAGAACAGCGAUAUAAUGGGAGUCCACAAGAAGCAAGUCUGUGCUUCAUCUCAGCAAGGGGAUGUCAAAAUAAAGAUCUUAGAUGUGUCUGAAGGAAAAGCAAAUCAAAGCAACAGUCUCAAAUCAGCCGUAGCAGCAAAAAAGACAGUGACACUCAACACAGCCACAGAGAUCGAUUCAAUUUCAUCCGGCUGUAAAGUCUACGCCAAUAUUGGAGAAAAUACUUACGACAUUGUCCCAGUGAAGGAAGAUCCAGGCGAAGGAGGCUCUAAAGCCAAUAAAGGGAAGAGAUCAUUAAUGGCGACGCCUUUGAAACCCUUUGAUAAAACACCCACGUCACCGAAGUCCGGCCCAAACAAGAAGAAGGCCAAAACGGAGCUUGAGGAUCACUACGAGCUUAUCAUGGAUGGGAAGACGUUCUACGUCUGCGUCGUCUGUAAGCGCCCCUAUGUCUGUCUGACGAGUCUCCGCCGUCACUUCAACACCCACUCGUGGGAAAAGAAGUACCCAUGCCGCUACUGCAACAAGGUCUUUGCACUGGCCGAGUACAGAACUAAACAUGAAAUCCACCACACAGGAGAGCGGAGGUACCAGUGCUUGGUGUGCAACGAAAUGUUCAUGAACUACCAGUUACUGUCCACCCACUGCAAGCAAGCCCACAACCAGGAUCCCAGCGGGAGGAAAGAGAAGGAUGAGACAGACAACAACUUAUACCGUCUCCUGCCGUGUAAAACGGUGCAAAUGAAAUCGUACUCGUGGAGUACUGACGGGCAGGAAGGAGUACCCGUCAUAUCCGAGGAUGGCAGCGUGCAUCACAUAACCAGCGUGGGCGAGGACGUCCACUCCUCCACACAGAGCAGGAUGUUGAACUGGGACGACAUCUUUAUCGAGCCUGAUGCUCACAUGCCGCCCAAUGCUCGCGCCAGACCUGGGUCAGACAUGAACUCUCCUCCGCAGGGAGCCACGGAGUUUGACUUUGUUAUACCAGAGAGCUACUGAGCAACACUCGCUGCUACAUUACCUGUGCCUUUUUUAGGCGCCACCCCAACAAUUCUUCCUCUUUUGUUCCAUGUCAACAAUAUUCCUCCGUAAUUAUCAAUAGUGUCUGCUUAAUACACGGUCACAUUAGCGUUUCCUUUUAACAAAAUGUGUGCUGUAAUAUUGUACUAAACAUGGUGAUGAUACACGCCAGAAUAAUGUCAGAGCUGCACAGUGAAAUCUGAUCUGUGAGUGCACCCGAGCCAGCUGGAGAUUGCUUAAAUUGUUCAUAGUUGCAGGACGGAAAUGUAAUGUGACUAAAUCUUUACUCAUGUUUCUCUGCUUCUGUAAUAGCUUUGAUCUUUUGUAUCAUUGGAAUGAAUGAUAGUCACGUUAGCAAGAAAUACAUAGUUCUCACGCAGUAAAAUCGUUAAGAAAAUAGUUUAUAUGGAUGAUAACAAUUCCAUGCAAGAAUCAAAAACUGCCCCAGAAAUGUAAGGCAUUACUCACUAGCUGUAAUAAAGUAUCUGAAGCAUUCAGAUACUAUUUCAUUUAACAUUUUAGGCAAUGUUUCCCUAAAGCAGCCCACUGAGCUUCAUUUCAUUUGAAGUAUGAUGUGAUUUUCUGUGUAACCAGGAUGUUUACAGGAAACAUUAAUGGUUUUGGUGGUUUUAACAGGUUUGUGUAAAGUACAGGAAGGUGUCACGUAAUAAAAAUAAGGUCGCUCAAUCAUGAAUCAAAUAGAAAUUCCAUUUUCCCAUUUGAGACUACGUUAAACCAAAUUUCUUUAGAAGAGAAUUGUUAAUUAUGAUCGGAAAUGUUAUUUCAUUGUGUGAUCUGUGGCGAUCCCACGUGUGUGUGUGUGUGUAUUGUGUCAGGGAAGAUAUACAAUGGUUAUUUAAUUUUAAACCGGUUCAUUUGUUUUGACCAUGAAACACCACCUGUUUUAUUUUGAUACACCUGUACUUUUUAAUUUUCUAUGCUUGCCAUGUUGUUUCCAAAAUGUUAUUUUAAUGCCAUAAUCUGCUGGCUACAUAGUGUAGGCUACAGAUGUUGCAUACAAAUGUGAUGAUAGGAUUGAUAUGAAUUGAGGAUUGUUUCAGUCCGUACACAUAGCACUUAGUGUUGGUUCAGGGCAGAUUUCUUUGUAAUAUUUUUAACUUUUUCAAUCUUUUUCCAUUGUGUCAAAAUGUAGUAAUUGGUCAGUAUGAUUAACAGAAAAAGUAAUGCUAACAAUGGAAUCUAUUCUACUUCAUGUCAUUCAAUAAAGUCAUGCAGGAUUUGUUUUUUAAAUAACAGAUUAACAUUUGUGUGUGAUGUACAGUGAAUUUGUGUUAAUCCCACUUUUUGUCUUCUUUUAAAAACAGAUGUAUCCAUUAGGUUUCUAGGGAUAGAUGAAAUGAAAUACUCAGUUCUGUUGGCAUUGUACAAAAUGUCCCUUUUCUGUCGAUUAGCAACGAGGGUUGCCUGAUGAUGAAUAAAUUAUUCUUUUACAAUUUUAA